AUGUUUCGUAAGUGCGGUUUUGUCAGGCAUCUUUGUGGUGCUGUGAAUGCGUCCACGGAAGCUGCUGUGGUAGCAAAUACGUCAACUCGAUUGCAGCAGUUCAGAACAAGAUUACAAAAGGACAAACAAGAUGGAAUACUCAUUGAUAUAUUUGGACGCAAACACACAUAUCUCAGAAUAUCAGUUACUGAGCGUUGCAACCUUCGUUGCACAUAUUGCAUGCCAGCAGAAGGUGUCAAGCUCACAAAGAAAGAUGGUAUCUUGCAGACAGAUGAAAUAAUACAGAUAGCUGAUCUAUUUGUCAAGGAAGGAGUACGUAAGAUACGUCUAACUGGUGGUGAACCUACAGUCCGUAAGGAUAUCGUGGACAUUGUUGCACAACUCAGGCAGUUGAGGAACUUGGAGCAGAUUGCAAUCACUACAAAUGGAUUGACCUUGACUCGUCAGUUGCCAGCUCUUCAAAGAGCAGGAUUAGAUGCAUUGAAUAUAUCCUUGGAUACUCUUCAGGAGAAGCGCUUUGAAAUGUUCACACGCAGGCAGGGCUGGUCAAGAGUUAUGGCUGGCAUAGAUCUUGCAGUUCAGCUUGGCUACAAUCCUGUAAAGGUCAACUGUGUCAUAAUGAGAGGGAAGAAUGAUGAUGAAAUAAUUGAUUUCAUCGAUUUCACGAGGGAUCGCCCUAUCGAUGUACGCUUUAUAGAAUAUAUGCCAUUCCAAGGGAACGAGUGGAAGGAAAAUAAGAUGGUGCCGUUCGACGAGAUGAAAAAAAUAAUCCGAGAUAAAUAUCCGGAUUUCCAGGCUUUACCGAAUCAGCCUAACGACACGUCCAAGGCUUACCAGGUGCCAGGAUUCGUAGGACAAGUUGGAUUUAUCACGUCCAUGAGCCAACAUUUCUGCGAUUCGUGCAACCGCUUGAGAAUAACAGCGGAUGGGAAUUUGAAGGUGUGUUUGUUCGAGGGAAAAGGCGAGGUCUCGCUUAGAGACGCUUUGCGAAGCGGCGCGUCAACAGAUGCACUUAAAAAUCUGAUAAGAGGAGCGGUGUCGCGAAAGAAAAAGCAACAUGCAGGCAUGAUCAAUCUUACUCAGAUGGAAAAUAGGCCGAUGAUCUUGAUCGGGGGUUAAAUUGGUAAUCGUUGCGAUAAUUAGUCGACUGUGUCAAAGUGUUCGGCUUUGUCGAGACGCGCACAGACGUGUUCUAAAUUCCGAGAGUUUUGUGUUUAUGACCCUCUCAGUGUAAAGACAAAAAGAGAAAGAGAACACAACGACCGCACGGAAGCAACUUUAUAUAAAACUAAAGUUAACUAACGUAAUGUUUGCAUUGCAGUGAG